GCGAAGCGGAAGCGGCGCGAUGGCGGCAGGUGCGGGGCCAGGGCCGGCCGCGGCUCCGGUGGCCUGCGGCCCGGCGGGCUGACGGCCCAGCUCCCUGCCCGCCGGGCGGUAGCCGCUCCGGCCGCCGCCGCCAUGGCGCUGAUCGAGGGCGUUGGCGAUGAGGUGACCGUGCUCUUCGCGCUGUUGCUGGCGGCCGUGGUUCUGGGGCUGGCUUGGGCCUCCACCCGCGCCCCCGAGCCCGCCGCGCCGCCCCGCGCUGCCGCGCCGCUGCCCGAGGAGGGCCCGAGCACUGCCCCGGCCCCCGCCGAGAACAAGGCCCCGGCGGCGGCGGCCGGGACGGGCCCCGAUGGGGCGGGCGGGCUGGCGGCGGGGCUGCGGCCCCGGGCCGGCCCCGCACCCACACCCGCGCCCUCACCGGCGCAGGCCCCCCUCAGCGACGGGGACGGCGGCUCCGCCGAGUCCACCAUGGUGCUGCGGCUGAAGUUCCUCAACGACACGGAGCGCCUUGCCCGGGUGCGCCCCGGCGACACCGUCGGGGCCCUGAAGAGGGCCUAUUUCCCCGGACAGGAGCAGCAAGUGCGGCUGAUCUACCAGGGCCAGCUGCUAAGAGAUGACACCCAGAGCCUGGCCGCCCUGCACCUCUCCCACAACAGCGUCCUGCACUGCCACAUCUCCCAGCACAGCCCGGGCCCAGCGCCCGCCGGCCCCCACGCCUCUGCCGACCCUGUGCAUGCUGCCCUCAACGUGGGCAGCCUCAUGCUGCCGCUCUUCGUGCUGAUGCUGGCCGUGCUCUGGUACUUCCAGCUGCAGUACCGCCACGUCUUUACCGCCACCGCGACCACCUUCCUGGCUGGCCUCACCCUCCUCUUCAGCUUCAUGGCCUUCACCAUGUACCGCAGAUAGCACGGCCCCGUGCCCCACUAGGAGCCACUGCGCCCGGAAUAAACUCAGUCCCGGGUGGAAUCUGCCUGCCGCACCUGAACCUGGGGGGUCUGGGCUGCGGACUCUGUCCCCUAGGGGCUGCAGGGCUGGGGGCCCUGCGGGAGCUGGCAUCCAAGCCAUUGGCAGGCAGCGUGCCCACAGGCCACGGCCCGAUGCCGGGCAGCUGCAGCUGGAGCCAGGUCGCUGCAGGAACCGGUGCUGCACGACCUUGGCGGGGUGGGGAGGGGGCGGGGGGUUCCGGUGCCCCCAGCCUAGCACACAGCAUCUGCCUGGCUGUCCCGUCCCGCACGUCGCUCCUGUGCCCCGCGGCCGGCCAGCACCGCGUGUGGGAGCUCCUGUGGCCCCCUGCACGCCGCUCCUGCGUGGGACGGUGGCUGCUCCCCCGGGGCGAGGGCUGCCUUCCGUGGUGGGGGGCGUCCGGCUGCCAGCCCCUUCCUGGGGGUGGACAGGGACGUGAGCCCCGCCGCUCUGUUACGAUUAAAGAACUGUGAACGGU